CCCUGCCUCCCCAGAGACAGCACUUGGAGCCUCAUCUCUCUCUGCACCCUGCUUGGACCCUGCCACAGGUUACUGGGGCCAUUUGGGGGACCCUGGACCAGGCCCUGGCCCAGUAGGAUGCCCCCGUGUCCUCCCCAGCAGAGCAGCAAUAGGGUGACACAGCUGCCCACCCCGGAGCUGGGCGAGAUGGAACUGACUUGGCAAGAGAUCAUGUCCAUCACUGAGCUGCAGGGCCUAAAUGCUCCGAGUGAGCCAUCGUUUGAGCCCCCAGCCCCAGCCCCAUACCCUGGGCCCCCGCCACCCCCAACUUAUUGUCCCUGCUCAAUCCACCCAGAUGCUGCCUUCUCCCUUCCUCCACCACCUUAUGAGCUCCCGGUACCCUCAACUCAUGUUCCAGAACCCCCAUACUCUUAUGGUAACAUUGCCUUACCAGUCUCCAAGCCACUGACCCUCUCAGGCCUACUCAGUGAGCCCCUUCCAGACCCCUUAGCCCUCCUGGAUAUUGGGCUGCCAGCUGGGCCACCCAAGCCCCAAGAAGACCCAGAAUCUGACUCAGGAUUAUCCCUCAACUAUAGUGACGCUGAAUCUCUUGAGCUGGAGGGGACAGAGGCUGGUCGGCGGCGCAGCGAGUAUGUAGAGAUGUACUCGGUGGAGUACCCCUACUCACUUAUGCCCAACUCCUUGGCCCACCCCAACUAUGCCUUGCCACCUGCUGAGACCCCCUUAGCCUUACAGCCUUCCUCGGGCCCUGUGCGGUCCAAGCCCACUGCACGGGGGGAGGCAGGGAGUAGGGAUGAGCGUCGGGCUCUGGCCAUGAAGAUCCCCUUCCCUACGGACAAGAUUGUCAACUUGCCAGUAGAUGACUUUAACGAGCUGUUGGCACGGUACCCACUGACAGAAAGUCAGCUAGCACUAGUCCGGGACAUUCGACGUAGGGGCAAGAACAAGGUGGCUGCCCAGAACUGUCGCAAGAGGAAGCUAGAGACCAUCGUGCAGCUGGAGCGGGAACUGGAGCGGCUCAGCAGUGAGCGGGAGCGACUGCUUAGGGCCCGAGGGGAGGCCGACCGGACCCUAGAGGUGAUGCGCCAACAGCUGACUGAGCUGUACUGUGACAUUUUCCAGCACCUGCGUGAUGAAGCGGGCAACAACUACUCCCCUGAAGAGUACGUGUUGCAACAAGCUCCUGAUGGGGCCAUAUUCCUGGUGCCCAGGGGGACCAAGAUAGAGGCUACAGACUGA